UACUCCUGUGGUUCCUUGGCUCCUAAGAUGGGGCGUGGUGGAGGUGGAUGCUCUGACUGCAGGUUCCGGCGUCCUCCACAGCUUUGGGAGAAAGCUGAUGGGUGUCUCUACCUGGCCAGUGAAAUGGCAGGAAUCCCUGAGGCUGCUCCCAACAUCUUGGAGUGCCUGCCCCUAAUGUCCGAAGCUGUCCGCCACAAGCACUACACGUCCCAUGUCACCCUGCUGGAGACGCUUUGCAAGACCUUACCCCACAUGGCCAAGGGUCUUAGCAAGAGAGUGUUCAAGAGCCACCUGCAUCUCUUCCUGGAUGCAAUCUUCUAUGCAUUGGAGUGUGAAAAUGCCCUGACAUCAUCAGCUGCAAGCCAGUGUCUGACACAGCUCUCGCAGUUCCUUGGUCCAAACAUCCUCCGUGGACGAGUGGAAGAACACAAUCCGAGUUAUUUAAGAGCUUUAGAUGCCAACAACUUCAUUGCUCCACUGUGAUAAAGAUGGCAGCAGAGAGAAGCUGAAGAGUGCGUCCGUCAACAGUCAACGCGUACCUUCCAGAACGGUCUGUCUAUGGGUUGUUUACAAAGGUUUGUAGUUAACCUUUUGAGCCAAAUUGUGUGAGAAAAAAAAAAUAUAUAUUGAGAAUUUAGCAUGUGCCUAGAAGCCACACACACUAUUGACGUGUUCUAGACUUGAUGUAAUUGUAAAAGUCAACCAACCAUGAGCUUAAUGUGAGAGUACAGUGUUAGGGAAAUAUCUUGUUGUUUGUUACAUACUUACUCAAGGGUUUACUUUUCCAGGUUAUGUAAUUGAUCAACAAUAUAAAUUCCUACUCAGUAAUUUAAUAAUAGUCUCCUUACCACUGUCUUUCCCCUACAUUUAGAAGUGUUCAUGUUGUGCUAAAGAUUAUUUUGAAUAUCCUAUUCUUAUGAUUUUAAUAGGAGUGGUUGGAGGUAGGGUACAUCUAAGGUAUCUUUUGCAACUGAUUUGCAAGUCUCACCAAUUGUCAUAUUUUAGGGUGCUGUAAGAAAAUAAAAUGUAUGCCUAGUAAUAUUUUUCUUUCACUAUGGCUUCAACUCCCGCUUCUGUUAUAUAUGUCAUUAUUUCCUGUGUAUGAAGUGUUGGAGGCAAAGUGUCCCUAGUACUGGAUAUAUAAUUUUUUUCCUCUGAAAGAAAACAAAACAAACUGGUUGUGAUGAUAGGCAUGAAGCAUUGUGAUUUUGAUCUGUAAGUCUCCUUUUAGGAAAUAUAUUUUGCUUAAUGCUUUUAAAAUUUGUCGUCUUUUUUAGGGGGCAAAGGGGGGGGGGCAUGAAUAGACUUGAAUUUCAUAAGCCAUUAUAUGUAGAACAGAGACUUCAUAUUCAAGUCCGCAUAAUGAAUGUUAGUUGUGUACACUGUAUGGAGCUUGUGUAUUUUAUUUAUUCAGGUGAUAAAACGUGUGAUAGGAGGUCACAGUUUAUUUUGUACACAGUAUUAAGUUCUUUGCAUUACAUCUUUUUCUUCUCAAUUAAUUUUUCAAAGUGUGAUGCUGCAGAAAAAUCUGAAAGAUGAAGGAUUUUCUAGCAGUUUAAUUUGUUUUCAGUUCCUCCUCAUCUACUCACCUUCAUUUCUCAUAUUGCAUAUUUACAAGAGUAUCUGAUGUUAAGAUGAUUAAUAUAUUCUUCAUCUUCAGUCUGCAAAGAUAUUGAGAGAGAGAGAGAGAGAGAGAGAGAGAGAGAGAGAGAGAGAGAGAGAGAGAGAGAGAGAGAGAGAGAGAGAGAGAGAGAGAGAGAGAGAGAAACAGUUAGACAGACAGACACUGACAGGCAGGCUGACACAGACAGACGGACACAGACAGACAGACAGACAGACUGACACAGACAGACUGACAGACAGACAGACAGACAGAGACAGGCAGACAGACAGACAGAAACAGACAGACAGAAACAGACAGACAGAAACAGACAGACAGAGACAGACAGACAGAGACAGACAGACAGACAGAGACAGACAGACAGAGACAGACAGACAGACAGACAGACAGACAGACAGAGACAGACAGACAGAGACAGACAGACAGAGACAGACAGACAGAGACAGACAGAGACACACACAGACACACACAGACACACAUAGACACACACAGACACACAUAGACACACAUAGACACACAUAGACACACAUAGACACACAUAGACACACAUAGACACACAUAGACACACAUAGACACACAUAGACACACACAGACACACACACACACACACACACACACACACACACACACACACACACACACACACACACACACACACACACACACACACACACACACACACACACACAUAUAAACAGACAGACACACCUACAGGCAGGUUGCCACAAACAGGCAGGCUGGUAGAAACAGGCAGACAGGCAGAGACAGGCAGACAGGCAGAGACAGGCAGACAGGCAGACAGGCAGAGACAGGCAGACAGGCAGAGACAGGCAGACAGGCAGAGACAGGCAGACAGGCAGAGGCAGGUAGGCAGAGAGAGAGAGAGAGAGAGAGAGAGAGAGAGAGAGAGAGAGAGAGAGAGAGA